CCCAGUCCCGGCCCGGCCCGGCCCCGCCAUGGCGCUCAAUAAUUUUCUCUUCGCGCAGUGCGUCUGCUACUUCCUGGCCUUCCUGUUCAGCUUCGUGGUGGUGGUGCCGCUGUCCGAGAACGGCCACGACUUCCGCGGCCGCUGCCUGCUGUUCACCGAGGGCAUGUGGCUGAGCGCCAACCUCACGGUGCAGGCGCGCGAGCGCUUCACGGUGCAGGAGUGGGGCCCGCCGGCCGCCUGCCGCUUCAGCCUGCUCGCCAGCCUCCUGUCGCUGCUGCUGGCCGCCGCGCACGCCUGGCGCACGCUCUUCUUCCUCUGCAAGGGACACGAGGGCUCCUUCUUCUACGCCUUCCUCAAUCUCUUGGUGAGCGCCUUUGUGGUCUUCCUGGUCUUCAUCGCCAGCACCAUCGUGAGUGUGGGCUUUACCAUGUGGUGUGAUGCCAUCACCGAGAAGGGCACUGUGCCCCACAGCUGCGAGGAGCUACAAGACAUUGACCUGGAGCUGAAUGUGGACAACUCUGCCUUCUAUGACCAGUUUGCCAUUGCUCAGUUUGGCCUCUGGGCCUCCUGGCUGGCAUGGCUUGCCAUCACCACGUUGGCCUUCCUGAAGGUCUACCACAACUACCGCCAGGAGGACCUGCUGGACAGCCUGGUCCACGAGAAGGAGCUGCUGCUGGCCAGGCCGGGCCCUCGCACCUCCUUCCAAGGGGAGAAGAGUGCCGUCAUCUAGGCUGUGUGGCCAGCAACCCGGCCCCUGCCCACAGGCCCCGCCUGGGCCCACCCAGCCCCGCAUGCAGCCCUGGCCCUGCCUACAGCGAGGCGAGCACCAGCUCUUGCCGAGGGCCCAGCAGCAGGCAGUCGGGGCAGGGCCCUGGGCAGGGCGUCUAUGCUCUGCCUCCCGGAGGCUGCAUGUGAGUGCUGGAGUGUAAGCGCACGCGUAUGUGCACACGCAUGUGGAUAAGAUGUGUGGGAGCAGACCACAGAGCUGGGCACCCGUGGCUCCCAGAAGGGCGUGGCCAGGGCUCCCAAAGGGCAGUGAGCCCCACCUGCCCACCUAGUGGCGGCAGAGCCUAGUGUGACCUGGGCUGGGUUCUGCCAUCCUCAGCACUCUGCUGGGGAGAGCCAGCACCCUCUUCUUUUAGGGGUCCCUCACCCUGUUCCAGGGAAGGGGACCUAAGGUGGAAGAGCCCUCAACCCUGACCCCAACCUUCAGAAGUGUGUUCCCAGCGUGUUCUCCCGGCUUGGGCUCUGCUGUGGACUGGGGCUGCCUCAAGGGCCUGGGGUGGUCGUCUGGGCUGCAAGAAGCAGCCAGCUUGUCAGGGUGCUGGGCAGGCAGGUGUUGGGAGGACCAAGGCCAGUGGUGAGGGGUGAGGGCUCAAGCCCAGCUGAGAGCUUCCUGUGGAGUGCUGUGUACUUGGGAUGAUGUUUGGACAGUCUGAGGUCCCCAAAGCUGAUCUCACCCUGGGCCCCUAAUCAUUAGGCAUGGGGACUCUCUCUUGCCCCGAGAGCUGCUUAUCUGUCCCCUACACGUGGUGUUGUGGCUUCUGCCUUGUCUCUGCUCUGCCCUCCAUUUCUGCUGCAGCUGCCUGGGACCCCAGAAGAAGCGGGAGCGGGGCGUGGUUUCCCGGGCCCGUGGACCUGCCCCAGCCCAGCCUUGCUGGCCCUGGGCAGCUGCCUCCUGAGGCCCUGGGAGCUGGCCCUGGGAGCUGCCUCCUAAGGCCCAGGGGCAGCCUGCAUCCGGGCAUGCAGAGGCCUGGGCGUAGGGUCCAGGGCAGGAGGGAAGGGCUGCCCGGUCCCCACGGUAAACGCACUACUGCUUCCAAGACACCCAGGCUUCUCUCCGGCCUCUCCCGAGGGCACCUUGUUUUAGCUCUACUUCCGGCUGAACUGAAAGUGAAGACUGUCAAAUUUCCACGUAUCUAUUUCUCCAGGUCACAAUAAAACUAUGAGCUUGAGCA